AUGCCUAUUGUAAAAUACCCGAGGGCUACAGAGCCUCUCUGGCGUGAAUGGGACGGGAAAGCACAGAAAUGUGGAUUAAGACACACAGUCUAUGCUGUAAAUGGGGAUCAGUACACCGGAGAAUGGCUGGACAACUUGAAACAUGGUAAAGGCAUCCAGGUAUGGAAACGCACCGGAGCUAUUUAUAGCGGUGACUGGAAGUUUGGGAAGCGGGAUGGUUAUGGCUCAUACAGCAUUCCUGACCCCGUAACCAAGGAAUACAAGAAGGUGUAUACAGGCUGGGGGAAAAACGACCGAAAAUGCGGCUACGGGGUGACGUUUUACCCCAGCGACGAGUGCUACGAGGGCGAGUGGAGCGGUGGGCUGCGGAGUGGCUGGGGACGGAUGUACUACCGGGAUGGAUCCAUCUACGAGGGGCAGUGGCUGGUGGAUCGGCCCAGCGGGCAGGGGAUGCUGCGGCUGCCUAAUGAAAAUCGGUACGAAGGAGGUUGGAAAGAUGGAAGGAAGCAUGGCCCAGGGAAGUUUUUCUACUUGGAUAAGGGACAGUUGUUUGAAGGUAUCUGGGCAGCAGAUAUACCAAAAUGCGGAACUCUGAUUGACUUUGGCAGAGACGAAGCUCCUGCCCCUACCCAGUAUCCAAUCCCAAAGAUUGAACUAGCUGAUCCAGAUGGUGUUUUAGCAGAGGCCCAGGCGAUGUUUGAUGACAGCCAAAAUUAA